AGCUCUCAUAAGAUUACAAUCGCAAGCCACAUAUUUUUUCACUCCCCUCCUUACAUCCUUCUUAUCGCUAGUUGCUGCUUUCUCACAGCUCCCUCCUGCUGUGUGUCCUUGCUUGUAUCAUUUCAUGAAAGAAAGAGAGUGAAAAGGAACCAGAGGGAAAGGUUUCAAGGGUGUUGUAUAAUAAUAAAAAAAUGAGUUGAAGAGGGAGGGAAAGAGUGUAGGAGGGAGAAGAGAGGGGAGAAAGACAUGUUUUGAACACAAGCAACUGGCUGCAGAGACUAAACCGCAGGAGAGAGAGAGUAAAAGGGGGAGAACAAGAGCGAGACAAGGAGACAACGCACCAGCUAGACACAAGAUGGCUACAGUCUCCUCUGAUUUAAAUGCUGCAGAGAGCUCUUCUCCACCCAUCCGGCGCCUCCUGUUGCUGGGGUUCCAGGGCUCCGGUAAGACCGCCACACUGAAUACCAUAUUGAGCCAGAAGAAAAACCCUCCCGACAGUUCCCAAACAGACCAACAACACUGGGUAGACAUUCUCAACUGGCGACUGCUGAUCAUUGACACCCCUGGAUGGAAGCUGGAAUCCGAAGAUGCAACUGACGAGACAGACUCAGAGAAUCAGCAGUCUGUCAUUGAUCAAUGUUCUCCUGGUCCUCAUGCCCUGCUGCUGGUGGUUCCCAUUGGAGUUCCGUUCACCGAGCACCACUGGCAAGGUCUUUGGUCCCGAGUUAGAGCACUGGGAGCAGGUAUAUGGAGGCACGCGAUGGUUUUGUUCACCUGUGCGGACCAGUUGCCACAAGAUAUGGGUGUGGAGGAGUUUAUUGUGGAUGGCGGGGCAGCGCUGCAGAGGCUGGUGGAGAGGUGCGGCUGUAGGUAUCACGCCUUGGACAACACCUGCUCGGACAAAAGUGCUCAGGUUGCAGAGCUUUUGCAGAAAGUGGAGGAGAUGGUGCAGGAGAAUCAAGGCUGGUUCUUUGAAAUGGUAAGGCCAAGCCUUGGAUUUGGUGAUGAAGAGACUGACAAUGAAAGAGAUGAGGAUAGAGGUACAGAAGUGGAGAGGACAGCCGCAAUGUUUAGGUCUCCACCAAGAGAGUUACGAGUGCUGUUGGUAGGCUGGCGUGGAGCAGGUAAGAGCUCUGCAGGUAAUCUUCUACUGGGCUGUCGUGUAUUCGAAUCAGGACGCCCCACUGAGGUGUCUGUCCGCCGUCAAGCACUGGUUGCCGGUCGGCGCCUCACGGUUGUCGACACCCCAGGUUGGGAUUGGUUCUCCGUCCAGCGCACACCAAGCAACAUACGAAAAGAAAUCAAACUGGGGGCAGGGCUUCUCCAUCCUGGCCCACAUGCGCUCCUAUUGGUCAUCCCCGUGGUGUCCACCCUCACUCCCAAAAAGAGGCAGGCCCUUAAGAGCCACUUAGAGAUGUUUGGCGAGGAGGCGUGUCAGCACACACUGGUGUUGUUUUCAUGUGGCGACUGGCUGUAUGGAACCUCAAUUGAGGAUCACAUCCAGCGGGACGGAGGCGAGCUGCUGAAACUGAUGCAGCAUUGCUGGAACUGCUACCAUGUGCUGGACUGUACCAAAGCCAACAAGGACAAGUCACAAGUGACGGAACUCUUGCGGAAAAUAGAGGAGAUGGUAGCGGAAAAUGGGCAGAAACCUUUCUUACCGGUCAAACUGAACCAAGAAUUAGACGAGGAGGAAACGAGUGGAAGAUGCAUUCUGCAGUGAAGAAUAAGGCAACAGAAAGUGCACAUCUUAGAUCAGGGAUGGGUCACGUCGUGCAGUGUUUAGCUCCAAAUCUGUAAAAAGCUCUCCUGCCUGUAGCAUUAGUGAUCCUAAAGACCUUGAUUAUCUUGUUUAAAGGCCGGUUGCACCAGCUAGACAUAAAAAAGCUGGGUGUAAGCCCUACGCUGGGCUUUGCAACGUCCAACUUUACGAUAAAUAUUUACACCUGUUGCACCAGUUAAAACUACGAUCAGGCGCAUCCAUGCCAGCACAUUCUCCCGCUGUGAUAGCUGAGACGACAGACAAUCGAAUAGAAAUAUUAAAGGAAUAAUUUAAGACAGUUAUAUACCAUUAUCAGCAUUGUAAAGUAGAUUCGUCUCUCAUUGUUUCUGAGAGAAUUUGUGCCGUUAAUGCAGUGUUAGCCUUUGUUUUGACUAGGCGUAAAAUUUAGUCUCAGACGUAGCACUACGUAUAAAUUCUACGCACGACUUAAAGCGCAUUUUACAUCCAGCCUAGUCUUACAACCGGGUGUAUGUCCAGCUGGUGCAACCUGCCCCAGGUGUGUUUGAUUAGGGAUGGAACUAAACCCCAAGACUGACAUUGGCCCUGUCCCAAAUGGCACCCUAAACCCUCGCGUUUUUCUCGAGUCCGCACUUUCGCAACGUAAUGCCGCUUUGACUGUCAGGUAGAAGUCUGCAGAAAUGUGUAUCGAGGGAAAAGGGUGUUCCUGCACAACCGGAGGCUGCAGUUUCAGGACCGCAUUUCUAGGACCCUAUAGUUAUUUUGUAUUAUUUUAUUUAAUUUAUUUAUUAUAUAUAUGUAUGUAUUAGCGUCUCAUUUUAUUUAAUAGCGCUUGCUAUUCAAUUCUGUAUAUUAUUAUUUUUUAAAGAAAUAUGUAGUUGUUUAACUGUAUACACUUAAUUAUUGUCCUAACCGACUCCUAACCCUUAACAUACCCAUUGGUAACCUGUUUGAAAUAUUUAACCUAAUUUAUUUCAAUAUAUUCUAUAUAUAUUCUAGGGUUAAAUUCCAUUUUCUUGUAAAGAAAGACUUGUAUCUUCGCAGCACAGCGAUUCACGUCUAAUGUAUGACGCACAUAAAGUGCAAUAAAUGGUAAAACAAUUGCGCUACAAAUUACUUGUUUAUUAGUACAUUAAUAAAUGUAAUUUUAUUUGAAUACAAAUGUUAGUUUCUAACAUUCAGCAGAACAAUGAUCUGUUUUGCACAGCUAAAUAGGCUAAAUGGAGAUUGCUGACACGCCUCGAACACAAGUUCACACCAAAAUAAAAUGGAUGGAUUAAAAAUGAAUAGUUUUUGUUUUAUGCUUGUAUCAGAUCUCCUCUAGAUGGCGCUGUCACAAAAAAUAGGGUCCUAGAAAUGCGGUGCUAGAAAUGCGGUCCUGGAACUGCGGUCCUGAAAAUGCACCCUCCGGCUGUGCAGGAAUAUACUAUUGUGUGUGCACAUGAAGUGUUCUAUUUGGGACAGGGCGGUUGCCUGUCCAUGUCUUAGAGGAAUGCAAAUGUUAUUGACCUUUUGGAUCCCAAAACAAGCAGUAUUACUCCAAUUGUUUAUUACCCACAAGGCCAUUCAUACUAUUGUGUCAAAGUCAUACUGACAGAAUGUAAACCGAGUUUGAACUGGACAUUCCACUGCUUUUUAACUUUAUGGUUAGUACGUUCUGCUUAUGUUGACAUUUAGUAGCACACAUACAGCAGUACAAACUAUAUUUUUGUCUCCUUAAGAGUAAGUCACUGGAUUUUCACUGGACAUUCACCUUUGCUAGAAACACGUAGCACUUAUUAACAUAAUAUUUUUUUUUAACUUGCUUUCAAAUAACAGAAAUAACUGAGACCACUCAUUCUCAGUACACAAAUAUUGAUACUCUUGCCAAAUGCAUGCACUGGUUUCAAUGAUGAUUAUUAUCUAGUGUUAUUUACAACGCAUGGUGGCAACAAACAGAUCAAAUGACCAAAAUUAUUCUGUCCAUUUCCGCGCUGUAUGGCAGGACUCUCAUGCCCGGUAUUGUACAAUAUUUAUACAACUUGGUUUUUCAUGCACACUUACUUACUACAUACAUGUACCUUGAUUGUACUCAUUGUAUUAUCAUAGCAUAUCAUAUCAAGUCUAGUAGGCUACAUGGGGGUAUGUGCACCUGAAAUAGAGCUGGAUUCUAGAGUAUACAGUAGUUCCACAGACUGAACUGAAUGUGCAAUUGAGCACCUUAAGAACAUUUCUUUUUGUUGUGAAUUUGAUAUGAUUGGUGACUAAUAAGGAGGACAUAUACUUAUGACUGUGAUAUCAGCAUUGUAUUCUACCUAAACACAUUUUUAACAAUGUGUGUUGAGCAUUCAGGGCAUGGCUGUUACUAUUGCAUAAUAAUAAUUAUCACAUCUGCACAUUUGUGGCACAAUAUGAUAAUAUACUAUGAAUUCCCAAGUGCUUGGGCAAACAUUUCAGCCUUAAAAAAAAAGUAACAUUCAACUGGUUUGACAGAAGAGUUUAGCUUUUGUAUGCUUUUCGCUUCAUAUUUUCAUAUUAAUAAAGAAUAAUUUUACAGUGAAUUUGGCAUAAUGAGUGG